CAGGUCUUUUACACGAAGAGUAAAUAUUAGAGAAGUAGAAAUGUUGGGAAAUUCCUUCCUGGAUACAAAAACUGCAGCCACCCAUCAAAAAGCUAUAAAUGUGACAAAGCUGUUCAAACACACUUAAACCUCAGAGGGUGCUAAGGAGGAAUUGUGAGAAGAACUGAGAUCAGUUUAAAACCCACAAAAAACAUCAAGAUGAUGCUGGGAACAUCAAGACCCUGCAGCUUCCUUUGUCCAGGUGUCUGGAUUUUGACCAUAGUUUUGGCCAGAGCUGGAGGAGUUCAAGCAGAUUCUUCUGGUAUUCCCGGUCCACCUGGUCCACCUGGUCCACCUGGUUUUCCUGGUCCUCGUGGUCCACCUGGUCCACCUGGUAUUCCUGGUCUUCCUGGUUUCAGUGGUCCUCCUGGUCCACCUGGUCCUAUAGGUGCUCCCGGACCACAGGGGGCACCAGGUUUGCCAGGGACUCCAGAAUUGAUAUGCCCUCAUGGAUUGCCAGCAGCUGAUGGUCAACCAGGCGUAAGAGCACCACCAAAAUCUGCAUUUUCUGUAAAAGUGGGCAAAAGCUAUCCAGCACCUAAUCAGCCCAUAGGAUUUCAAAAUAUUCUAUACAACGAGCAGCAAGUCUUUGAUGAGUCAUCUGGCAUAUUCACCUGCCAAACCCCAGGAGUCUAUUAUUGCACCUACAACCUGGAGGGACACCAGAAUUCACAUAUGAUCCUGGCAAGGAAUGGUACAGAGGUGAAAGCAUCUGAUCAGAUUACCUCGGAUGCUUAUGAAAACCUGCCGCAAAGUGCAAUCCUUAAAUUAGAGAAAGGAGAUAGGGUGUGGUUGGAUGCAAAAAAGGCUCAUGAUGGGAUAACAGAAGGAAGCUAUUUUUUGUGCUAUCUCAUAUAUGACUCUUAGAUUAUGCAGUACUCUGGAUCCAAAUGGUUCGCGUCAUAAUUUGUCCUGCAAACAUUUGGCUAGAUGGUUUGUUUUGACUUGCAAGAAGUACACCUAAUCUAUAAUAAGUACACUUAGGGAUGGGGAAGAAUUCUAAAUGGGAAAGCUAGGAAGUGGGACUCAUUGGACAUCUGAGUAAACAUGUCUAGGAUGCAGUUGGGCUAUGGCACACCAAUGGCUCAGAAGCAUUGUUUUACAAUUUUCAUAGAAACAUGAAAGCAGAACAUGAAGUGUGCAUUGAUUUCCAUGAAGUUUAUUAGAAGGCUACUGCUUCUAUAUUUACGAAUCUAAAGGAUGUGCUUCACAUUGUUUCCACAUCUGCAUAGGUGUAUGCAUGUAAUCAUUUGUUUAAAAUUAAAG